GCCCGGGCGGCUCAUCAAUAACAAGUUUCCGAGCGCGAGGGGAGAACACAGACACAGAGGCAGAGGGAGAGCGAGCUGCCAACCGUCAACCGACCGCGAGAGCGCGAGCGCCCAGCCCAGCCCGGCCAGCCCCAGAUACACUGACAACCACACACACACACACACACACACACACACAGGGAGAGACGAGGGUCUACAGCCGCGGAGGAGCCUUCGCCGCAACCAUCACCGCCGCUGGACACACAUGUGGUGGUGCUGCUUGCUGCGUCCAGGAUGCGUGAUGUGCCCUGUGUAAGAUGGUGGGGUCGGAGAGCCUGGGAUUGAGCCGAGCUCCGCGAUCCGCCGCCGCCUGUCGACAUGGUGGAGUCCCACCCGCCAGGCUGGCCACCUCUUCACCCGGACCACCGCGCGGGCUUGCUGCUGGCGAUGCUGACCCUGUCCAUGCUCCCCGUCCAACUCUCUGCUUACCCCACCUCCCUGAGCGACUGUCAGACACCCACCGGCUGGAACUGCUCGGGUUUUGAUGACCGAGAACACGACUUGUUUCUUUGCGACAUUAAUGCGUGUCAGUUUGGUGGGGAGUGUUUGCGGAUCGGAGAGACGAUAACCUGCGACUGCCAGCUCAAGUGCAGCACUGAUUAUGUGCCAGUGUGCGGCUCCAAUGGCUAUACCUACCAGAACGAGUGUUACCUGCGACAGGCUGCGUGCAAACAGCAAAGUGAAAUAAAGGUGCUGGGGGAAGGAUCUUGUCCCAACGAUAUGGGAUCAGGUUCUGGAGAUGGAGGAAAUGAAGGUUCUGGAGAAACCAUUCUGAAGAAAACCUCAUCAUGUGAUAUUUGCCAAUUUGGAGCAGAAUGCGAUGAAGAUGCAGAAGAUGUUUGGUGUGUGUGCAACAUUGACUGUUCCCGCAUCAGUUUCAACCCUGUAUGUGCUUCUGAUGGUAAAUCCUAUGAUAACCCUUGUCAGGUUAAAGAGGCAUCUUGCCAGAAUCAGGAAUUCAUAGAAGUCACUCAUUUGGGAAGAUGUCCAGAAAACGCAACCACAGGUACGAAAACUGAAGAUGGGCUUUAUGCAAGAACUGAUUACACAGAAAAAAAUGCCAAUAAAUUAGAAAAACCUGCCCGGGGACUAUUUAUCCCAUGUCCCAAUCACUUGGAUAAUCUUUGUUUACAUGGAAAAUGUGAAUACUUGAUUAAUAAACAGGAACCAUCUUGCAGCUGUGAAACAGGUUUUAAAGGACCACGCUGUGAACAAAAAGAGUUUAAUGUUUUGUACGUAGUUCCUGGAGCUGGAAAACUUCAGUAUGUCUUAAUAGCAUCCAUCAUUGGAGCUGUGCAGGUGGCCAUCAUUUUGAUUGUUGUUCUUUGCAUAACAAGAAAAUGUCCCCGGGGCAACAGAAUUCAAAGACAGAAGCAAAAUGCAACACAUUACAGUUCCGACAACACAACAAGAGCAUCAACAAGAUUAAUUUAAAAAAAGCAUGAUUGUACAGCUGCAAAAAUAAUUACACAGAGUUUGGACUAUUAUCAUACAAGAUGGAACAACACAUGUUGCCUUGCAUUUGUGGUAUACUACACCAAUGAAUACAUAUACUACAGUUAUAUUUGAUUAUGUCUGAAUAUAUUUCAAAUAGUAUAUAGUGUCUUGAUGUGUUUUUCUGUAAUAAAAAUAAAUGGUUAACGAUUUAUAUCACAAUAUUGAUUUAAUUUGCACAUGAAGAACUAUAAAGCUGGACUAAUGGAAAAUAAAUACUUCUGUGAUGUUUCUGAAUUUUUUAAAAGAUGAAAUGUGCUUUGAAUUUUUUUUAAGAAGCAAGUAAUUUGUAUGCUCAGUCAGAUAUUACCUAUGUUAAGUAGAGAAAAUAAGAUUCUAUACUGUUAAUUAAAAAAUUAAUUUUGGGAAGCUAUGAGUUAACCAGGGGUUCUACCAUAAUUUUUUUUACUCACUUGUUACCAAGGCCAGUGAGCUUAAGAAGAUCCAUACAUUUAUAAAGAACAUUGCUAUUUAUCUGAAUUCAAUAGUAUUGUAUACAUGACAGUGUAACACAUCGUGACAAAAAGGAUCAGUCAACAAGGCUCUCUCAAUUUAAACAGAUAAACUACAAUAAGUGUAAUUAGUGAAGUAUCCUAUUUUAUAUUGUGUGUGCUUUUGCACUAGCCUAAUUCAAAAUGCACCUUUUACAUAAACACAAGAACGUACAUUUUAAAAGCAACUUUUACCAAUUGCUUACAGGUCACCCUUAGUCAAAAACAAUGAUUAAAUGUGUUGCAUUGACCAAAGUGGUAGUAACUAGAGAAUCACACAUGUACUUUUUGAUAAUGACAAAGAAUAGUUAGGGCAUUGUUUUGCUCUGUUAUGGAUCCUCAUUUGAAAUAUACAUUUCCAGUGCUAACGUUUCAUAAUAAUAUGAAAAAAUAAAAAUAUUACUUCAGA